CCAACAGGAGAGGGAAGUCUGAGGCUGAGGCUGGCGGGGAGCAGAGCAGAAGGGACAGCGGGGGGACUCACCACGCACACCUGCACCUGGUCGCUCCAUUUCCACUCACUUCUUCUUCUCUUCCAAAAAGCGUCAGGCGGGCGGAGGGAUCUCGUCCACGCGGAUGCCUUCCUAAAGUUUGCCAAAAGGAUUUUGUUCCCCUCAUGUGAACCAAAAGUCGUCUAAUAGCGAAGGGCGAAGAGAGCACUCUUUUCUUCUCCAGAGGUAUUAUUUUUUGGGGGGAAUAAUAAUUCAAACAAAAACGUUUUUUUUUUUUUUCUUUCUUGGAACGACUCGUGAGGGAAUGUGGCAACUUUAUGGAUCGUGGACUUCAAAGAUUUAGAUCUCUGUGGGCUACCUGUAUGACUGUUACCAUGACAACAUCUGGAGCCCAACUCCUCCUGGUGGCCUUGUGUGUUUACAGAGGCCUGGGCCUGCAGCAGUCGGCGCCGCGGGUUCGCCUCUCCUUCAAAGAGCUGAUGGACACUAGGGCAGCACGACCCUUCAGUUUCUCCUUCAACACCAGUGACUACCGAAUCCUCCUGAUGGAUCAGGACCAGGGGCGCCUGUACCUGGGCAGCAGGGAGUACCUGGUGGCUCUGGAUAUGCACAACGUCAACAAGGAGCCACUAAUAAUCCAUUGGCCAGCAUCUCCAAAGAGAAAAGGGGAAUGCCAGAUGACAGGAAAGGGAAGACAGGGCGAAUGCGCCAACUUUGUGCGCUUGAUCGAGCCGUGGAACCGCACCCACCUCUACACUUGUGGAACGGGGGCUUACCAACCCAUCUGCACAUUCAUCAACAGAGGCUGGAGGGCAGAGGACUACCUGUUUCGGCUGGUACCCGGGUAUGUGGACUCCGGCAAGGGAAAAUGUUCCUAUGAUCCCAAAGAGGAGAACGUUGCAGUUCUUAUUAAUGGUAACCUGUAUGCAGGGGUCCAUAUUGACUUCAUGAGCACAGAUGCAGCUCUAUUUAGGACCAUGGGCGGGAGAAGCGCCAUCCGGACGGAGCAAUACGAUUCCAGGUGGCUCAACGAGCCGGUGUUUGUUCAGAUCCAGCAGAUCCCUGACAGUGCGGAGAGGAACGACGACAAGCUCUAUUUCUUUUUCCGCGAGAAGAGUUUAGACUCGAGCGGUGGCGCAAGCCCCAAUGUCUUAGCCAGGGUGGGGAGAGUGUGUCUGAAUGACGAAGGGGGUCAAAAAUCUCUGGUGAACCGCUGGACGACGUUCCUUAAAGCUCGUCUUAUCUGCUCGGUGAUCGGCGACGACGGAGUGGAGACGCGAUUUGAUGAACUACGUGAUGUAUUCAUUCAGCCGACGCAGGACGAAAGGAACCCGAUGGUGUUCGCUCUCUUCACUACCGCAGGCUCUGUGUUCAAGGGCUCGGCCGUCUGUGUCUACUCCAUGGCCGACAUCCGCAACGUCUUUAACGGGCCGUUCGCCCACAAGCACGGUCACAAUUACCAAUGGACAGAGUACAACGGCAAGAUUCCGUAUCCAAGACCGGGAACGUGCCCAGGAGGAACCUUCACCCCUGGUAUCCACUCCUCCAAGAGCUUCUCUGACGAGGCUGUCAAUUUCAUCCGGGCCCAUCCCCUCAUGUUCCACCCUGUGUAUCCCAUCCACCGUCGCCCCCUGGUGGUGAGGACCGGCGUGGACUACCGCUUCACAGCCCUGGUGGUGGAUCAGGUGGAUGCAGUGGAUGGACGCUACGAGGUGCUCUUUCUGGGCACAGAUCGCGGCACCAUCCAGAAAGUCAUAGUUUUGCCCAAAGACCCCACCAGCAUGGAGGAGCUAACACUCGAGGAAGUGGAGGUUUUCCGGAGCAGAGCCCCUGUCAAAACGAUGAAGAUCUCAUCGAAAAGACAACAGCUGUACGUGUCGUCCGACGCGGGCUUGACCCAGGUUUCGCUGCACCGCUGCGGCGUGUACGGCAGGGCCUGCUCCGACUGCUGCCUGGCCCGGGACCCUUACUGCGCCUGGGACGGGGAGAGCUGCUCGGCCUUCACUCCCUCCACCAAGAGGAGGAGCAGAAGACAGGACGUGAAGCAUGGCGAUCCUCUCAGGCAGUGUCGAGGCUUUAACGCCAAAGUGGAGAAACGUCUGCGAGAAACUGUGCAGUUCGGGGUGAAAGGGAGCAGCACCUUUUUGGAGUGUCAGCCUCGCUCUCCUCAGGCAACCAUCAAGUGGCUUUUCCAGAGGGAUGGCAAAAGGAAAGUGCUGAGCCGCGUCGGAGAUGUCCUGAAGACCAACCACGGCAUCCUUCUCAAGUCCCUAAACGGAUCAGACGCGGGGCUGUAUCACUGCCUGGCCACAGAGAACAACUUCAAACACACGGUGGCCCGUGUGGCGUUGCGCAUCCUCGAUCGAGACAUCGUUUUGGCUCUCAGCGCUCGAGAUGACGACGAAGAGGAAGAGCCCAAGACUCAGAACGCGCGAUCGUCCCUUGCUUCCACACCUUUCCCACCUGAGAUCAGACUGAUCAACCAGUACUGCCAGUCCUACUGGGAGCAGUCCAGUCCGAAACAGCAACAACAGCGCAAGCGCAACAGCCGGCGGCACACGGAGGGCCACGAGCAAGGGCUCGGAUAGGGCGCUCGAGCCCUCUGAAUUCUGCCCGCCUGGACUUUUAUUGGUGUUUUUCAUGCAUGUUUGUGCAUCUCCUCCAUUGGUUUGACAGUCAACGCUGUCAUGCCAUUCAAGUACCACACUGGUGGUUUUGUCUUCUACCUAGUGGGUACAUUUUGUGGAUAGCACACCCCACUGAUGAGCGCAUUCCAAUGGUUCCAGUGUAGUUGUUGUUUGUUACGCUUUCAAGUUCAGGUCAUGGUCACAACUGAAGUCAUUUUAUUUUCUAAUUAAUUUGCCUUCCAGACCAACCACAGUAUGUCCCUCACACAACCACAUGACUACUAUGACAUAAAUGACUCACCAAAGGUUAGGGAUAUUGGGCUUUUUGUGAAAUUUCAGAAUGAACCUAAAAUGCAUUUAUUUAUUUAUUUUUUUUUUUUUUUAAACCUUUACAGGUGACCUUAAAGGGUGAGUUUGCAGUUUCAAAAACUUCUAGAAAGAUUUGAAUGUCACCUCACUUCACUAAUCCGGCCCCCACACACACCCUCGAGUCCAACCGAAGUGGGGGCUCUCACUGACGUGCGCGAACACGAUUCUCAAACAUGGCCACUCAUAAUGGCAUGCGAGUAUAAAGGUGCAUAGUCGUGAUAAAUAAUCGCAGAGAACAUAUAUCCAGCUUUGAGAAAAUGGCAGCGUUAGCAAUGCUAAACAAGCCGACGUUAGCCGCGGAUGCUAUUUUGGUAGCAUGACUUAUUCGUAAUAGUAGUGUUACUUAUAACACUAAAUGUUAUCGUUUCAAGUUGUAUUUUUUUGGAAUGUAAAAACAAUUAAAAUUCAAAUAGAGGUGAUUGACUUAAAUGUCAAGAAGAAAUGUUGCUAAUGGCCCCUUUGCGCUGCUUCUGUUUGCUCAUCUUAUGAGCAGUUGUGAGCAAACCUGGGGGUGGACUUCCCUAAGAGGUCAGCGUCAGGCUGCGGGAAUGUGCCCACUAUGUAUGUGCCCGCAAUUGCAUGGCAAAUGAUUGACAACUCGUCAGUCAUGGCUUGUCUCUCUCUGCUUGUUUUUCCUUGGGCACAGUUGUUUCUUAAAAAUCGUAUUAGUAGCAACGUGGUUGCCAUCUUUGUGGAGUUUUCCCCCCCAAAAAAACAUGGAAUGAGCACUUUGAAUGCCUCUAAAAUAAAUUCAGGAAACGUUUCCAUUUGCGCUAUUUUAGUGGACUUUUUAUGGUGAAAUGUCAAGUUAAUUUUGACACGUCGAAUUGGAGAACCCGUCGGCAUUUCGGCCUGUACGAGCUUAUUGGUGGAGCUAAUUUGAAGGUGUUUUCUGACCACAUUUUCUCGAUGCGAUAUCACACAAAAUUCCUCCAAAAGCCAUUUUUUUGUCUGUCUGAUACAAAAAUCCCAGUUUCUCCGGAAGCCAUCAUUCGAUUUUCCAAUUUCUUGGUACUCUGGUUCAAGUGGCCAUUCCAUCCAUUUUCCCUACCGCUUAUGCUCGCUAGGGUUGCGGGCGUGCUGGAGCCUAUCCCAGCUCACCCUGGGCGAGAGGCGUGGUACACCCUGAACAACCAUCCGCACUCACAUUCACACCUACGGGAAUUUAGAGUAUUCAAUUAACCUACCAUGCAUGUUUUUGGGGUGGAGUACCCGGAGAAAAACCCACGCAGGCCCGGGGGGAGAACGUGCAAACUCCACACAGAUGAGGCCGGAUUUGAACCCGGGUGCCCAGAACUCUGAAGCAGACAUACUAACCAGUCGUCCACCGUGCUGCGUGGCCAUUUCAACCAGACAGAUUUUGACAGAAUGUCACUUUUAGGAAAUCUUGUCACAUUGAUAAUGGCUAAUAAUUGCAGGACAAGAGGGCUGAUGUUUUCCACUGACUCGUGAACUACUGUCACGUUCAUACUGACACUUUAUGAAAGAAGUGAUUUCAAAAAAUGAAAUAAAAUUUAAACUCGCCCUUUAAUUUUACCUUAACUAAACUUUUAAAUGCACGUUUCCCACUGUUGAGUGUUUCAUUACUUUUUGCUCAACAAGGAGCUGAACGGCAAAAUUCACAACAGAUAUUUAAUCCAUAAAUGGACCAAUACGUUUGCAUUUUAGGUUAAUCCUGUAAUUUUACCAGAAAGCUGAAUGAAUAUCCCUAACGUUUUGUGAAUAGUGUAUAACCAAGUAUGCACCAUAGUUUUAUCUUCAGACGGCUUGACACUGAAACCCAGUGGUGCGAGGAAAAUCAAUGUUUUUCAACAUGGCCGACUGUCAUGUAACCCGAGUGCCACAGGAAGGUGUCAACCGGCAAAACCACGAGUGUGCUAAUUUUGAGUAUGUUGAAAACAAAUGUAAUAUAUUGAUUGUGAAUAUAAUAUAUAUGGCCAGUGGAAUACUGUUGUAUUGUAUGAGGAUACGAUGACAUUUCAUCAAUGUUUGCAUGCUUCUGGAUGUCGUUUGUUGCUCUUCUCCAGCCUUGCUGUGUAAUGAUGUCUGUAAGGUGUAAAAUAUUAAUAUACUGUUAAGGUAAGUCAUCUGGAUGUUGCCCCUCCAGUCCUGUGCUGUGCUGUCCUGCCCCCCCCCCCCCCCCCCCCCUCCCCCCAAGUAUGUGAGUGGUGAAGACGUGCCGAAUGGUGAUGCACUUUGUCAGUGGUGGUGGUAAAUGUGGGAUGUUUGCACAGAUGUUAUCAGUAAGUUAAACAUUUUUUUAAUGUACAGUGUAUUGUUAUAAAAAGUGGACUGAUGUCG